CAAAGAUCAACUUUACUCUUAAGUACACAGAUUUGGGCAUGAGUAUUAUUAGUUUAUGAAUGAAUACAAUAUAAUGUGACCUGUACCCUACUUUGAGUGACAUGUGUGACAACCACCGCUGACAAGAACUCUGACAACAAUCGUGGUAUUUUCAAAAAAAGAAUUCGUGUGUGUAGAAUUGUAAAAUAUGUCUGGCGAGGAAAGUCUUAUUCCGUAUGAUUUUGACUUGGAAGGGUAUUCAUUUGCAGAAGAUGUUGAAGAAGAAGAAAGUGAAAAACCGUUCUCCUAUUUUGAUCUUUUAGAUGCCCCCCGUUAUUUACCAGAACCUGUUGACUUAACAUUAGAUCACUUGAAGGAUAUCGCGUAUGAACUGGGGUUGAUAAAACUAUGCUGGCCAGAGAUAAUCGACCCCUACUUUGAGGAACGUACGUCAUUUCCAAAAAGUUACGUCGAAAACAGCGACAAAGAAAAAGUUCUUUUGGUGUAUACAGAAAAUUUCAGGAGGCAGUUUUCUCACAAAUACCCAAACAGGAAACCACUAUUUUUGGCAUGUGAAAACGAAUGUGGAAUGCAGAAAAUGGUUUGCACCACUAUCAGACCAACUACACUUCCCUUUCCUGAACUAGAAACCUGGGAAGAAUGUGCUAGGUGUGUUGCAGACCUUGUCAGAUAUGAGCUUUUUGAAGAUUACCCUACAUUGCUUAAUGUUUCCCAAGUCACAGAAAUGACUCUAGAGUGUGAUGUUCUGGCUAUUGUAAGGAAAAACAUAAGUAAUAAUGUUUAAAAAGUCUUGUUUUCAAAGUAAUAUAUUAUGUUCCCAG